GGUAUCUUGACACCGAACCUGGGUUGGCGAGGUACAUACUUACAAUGUCUGUAAUAUUAAUUGUGUCACCCAGCUCCCCCGAAGCGGAAAUCCAUUGAGCAUGAAGAACAAAAGCCUCAACAACUUGAGAUACUUACAGCACCGCACCACCGACGACAACGACAACAACAUUUGCUUCUGCAACACACCUCAUCGCCAGAUAUUCUCCAGCUUUCUUUCCUCCAUAUCCUCCUCCCAGUCCACUGUGUGCUGUUGCUGUCCCUCUCUCUCGUGUGUCGGAUUGCUUACAAGUGUCCUGUGUUUGCUGCCUAUAUACUCCCCUCCCUCCACACUCCCUCCAAGGCGUUGGCCUGUCCACCGUUGCUAAUUCACAGCCAUGCCUUCUGCUGCCCCCCUCGCUAGCACUGCCACUGGCAACCUCUCUGCCAACGACAAUAUCCGUCGCUUCGCAGCUCCCAGCAGACCCUUCACACCCCUGGAACAUACCCUUUUCCACAACAAGACACGAUGCUUCGUAUAUGGCAUGCAACCCCGUGCUGUGCAGGGAAUGCUCGACUUCGACUUCAUCUGCAAGCGUUCUACCCCCUCUGUAGCUGGUAUUAUUUACACUUUUGGCGGCCAAUUCGUCAGUAAGAUGUACUGGGGAACGAGCGAGACGCUGUUGCCCGUCUACCAAGCAGUGGAGAAGGCUAUGACCAAACACCCAGAUGUCGAUACCGUUGUCAACUUCGCCUCGUCCCGGAGUGUAUACAGCUCAACUAUGGAAUUGAUGCAGUAUCCUCAGAUCAAGUCUAUUGCCAUCAUCGCUGAGGGUGUUCCCGAGAGACGCGCCCGAGAAAUCAUGGUCGCCGCGAAAGAAAAAGGAAUAACCAUCAUUGGCCCUGCGACUGUUGGAGGCAUCAAGCCCGGUGCCUUCAAAAUUGGUAACACAGGUGGCAUGAUGGACAACAUUGUUGCUUCUAAACUCUACCGCAAGGGUUCCGUCGGCUACGUCUCCAAGUCCGGAGGCAUGUCUAAUGAGCUCAACAACAUCAUUUCCCAAAACACUGAUGGAGUCUACGAGGGUGUCGCCAUUGGAGGUGACAGAUAUCCAGGAACCACUUUUAUCGACCAUCUCCUGCGAUACCAGGCAGACCCAGAAUGUAAAAUCCUCGUUCUCCUUGGUGAAGUCGGUGGUGUGGAAGAGUACCGCGUCAUUGAGGCCGUACGGGACGGUACCAUCACCAAGCCAGUCGUCGCAUGGGCCAUUGGCACAUGCGCAAGCCUGUUCAAGACAGAAGUCCAAUUCGGCCACGCGGGUGCCUCCGCCAACUCCGAGCUCGAAACCGCAGUCAUGAAGAACAAGUGCAUGCGGGAAGCCGGCAUCCACGUCCCGGACACGUUCGAGGACCUACCUCAGGUCCUAGCGGAAGUUUACAAGAAACUUGUCAAGCAAGGCACUAUCAAACCCCAGCCAGAGCCCAUCCCACCCAAGAUCCCUAUCGACUACGCCUGGGCCCAAGAACUUGGUCUCAUCCGUAAACCCGCUGCUUUCAUCUCCACAAUCUCCGACGACCGUGGCCAGGAGCUCCUGUACGCCGGCAUGCCAAUCUCAGAUGUUUUCCGAGAAGACAUCGGCAUUGGUGGCGUCAUGUCGUUGCUCUGGUUCCGUCGCCGCCUGCCCACUUACGCCAGCAAGUUCUUGGAGAUGGUUCUCAUGCUGACAGCCGAUCAUGGCCCUGCCGUGUCUGGCGCCAUGAACACGAUCAUCACUACGAGAGCGGGCAAGGAUCUUAUCAGCGCUUUGGUGUCUGGCUUACUGACAAUCGGCUCGCGGUUCGGUGGUGCGCUCGACGGUGCAGCGGAGGAGUUCACGAAGGCAUUCGAUAAGGGUCUCAGCCCCCGUGACUUCGUUGAUACCAUGCGCAGGGAGAAUAAGCUGAUCCCUGGAAUCGGCCACAAAGUAAAAUCCCGCGCCAACCCUGACCUCCGCGUCGAACUCGUCAAAGAAUUCGUCCACAAAAACUUCCCCAGCCACAAACUCCUCGAUUACGCCAUCGCCGUCGAGACCGUGACCACAUCCAAGAAGGAUAAUCUAAUCCUCAACGUCGACGGCUGCGUUGCUGUCUGCUUCGUCGACCUGCUGCGAAACUGCGGCGCUUUCUCCCCGGAGGAAGCUGAAGACUACCUGUCGAUGGGCGUUCUGAAUGGUCUAUUCGUUUUGGGGAGAAGUAUUGGAUUAAUUGCGCAUUUCCUGGACCAGAAGAGACUGCGCACAGGUCUGUACAGGCAUCCAUGGGAUGAUAUCACGUACCUGCUGCCCACUCUGCAGAAGGGGGCUCCGGGGGCUGAGGGGCGAGUUGAGGUUAGCUUGUAAAUGGGGGACUUCACUUUUUUUCUUUUUUCUUAUGCUCCUUUUUCUUUAGUUUUUAAUACAGUUGGUUUUAAUGGAAGCGCGUUAUGGAGGGGUUUGAAGGGGGUUUCGUGGGUGGAAGGACGGGUAAAGCAAUAAUUACAUACAUACAUACAUACUACUACAUCCCAGCUUUUUAAUUAGAAAGGGAAGGAAGAAAAAAUUGGAUCUGACUGUUUUAUUUUUUCUUCUUUCCACCACAGAUGUGUGAAUCUAGACUAUCUCACAUCUCAUGCUCUGGAUUCAUUUGUGUUCACUAAUAAUCAGUCACAUAUUUCUUAUACAUAUCUAUUUCAUCAUCAUCAUUCUCAUCAGUCAGUCAUUUGCUAUAAAAGGACUCUAGAAAUCUUGUUAAAAGAGGCACUAUGAAUGUGCUGUGUAGUAGUUUUAUUCAGCAGAUCUAUUAUUACUUCUUGUGUGAACUGUCUAUCUCUCUAUAUUGAAAUUGCAAGUUCAGAUCUCAUAUGAACACAUAACUUCUAUUAUCUACUCUACUUUGUGCUUAAUCUCAUAUUCAAUAUCACUGAUAACUCAUAGAAAUCUUAUCAUCUCUCUGAAUACUCUCUUACACACUCUUUAAUCAUCUGAAUCAAAGUAGACUAUUUAGGAAUCUUGAAUGCUCCAGUAGUGCAAAUAGUUCAAGUAAUUUUUCUUCUUUUUUUGAUGCUCUG